GAAAAUUAUGUAACUCCACUGAAUGUACAAAUGUUUCUCAAUCAUUUAUUUAACUAAACCUUUUUCUCCACAGACUUGGAAACAAUUUUAAAUCGACAAGCUUCUGUUCGUGAACUAAUAUCAUCACCUGAAACUUUGUUUAACAUACAGAAUAUCUUACGUCAAUUCCCUCACAUUGAUAGUCUUUUAUCACUGUGUGUUCAAAUAUGUUCUACAUCAAAUUUAAUGUUCAAUUGGAAUAAUAAUAAUAAUCAUAUUAACCUUAAUAACCAGAAUGUAUCAAAUCCAAUGAAAUUCAACAACAAAACAGAUUCAUCUAGAUCAAAUAAAUCGAAUGAAGUUUUAAGCAGUUCAACUAAAAUCUAUACACAAGAUACCGUUAAUCAUUCACCUUUAAUUAGUACAGUAAAAAACAAAUCGACAGGUUUGCUAUUUGAGAGGCCUACAAAAUCUUCAACUUUAUUACCUGGAUCAUCAUCCUCACUAAUAACACCCAGUUCCGAGAAGUACUGUCCACCAAAAAGUGAUAUGAUCUAUUUAAAAAAAGCGGUCAACAUUCAAGCAGCUGAAUCUAGAAUUACAAAAGUUAUUGCAAUUAAAUAUAUGUUGGAUCUUGUCAAACUAUUGUAUAAUGCUAUGGGUGAUGUCAAAACUACAUUGUUGAGAGCAUAUAAAGAGCUUUUACAUGAUUCAGAAUAUGAACAUGUUUUACAAAUUUUAUGCACUGUACUACAUAAAGAUGUACGAAUGUCAAGAGGGAUGUUAGCUAUGAGAACACAGAAAUGUUUUGCAAUCAAGGAAGGAUUAAGUGUGGUAUUAGAUGUUACACGUAAAGCUUACUCAGAACAGCUUGAUGAUAUUACAAAUGAAGUUAGCAGACUUUCACGUCAAUAUAAUCUACCAUUGCGAAUAUCUCACAAUAAAGCUCGUGGAUUUUACAUUCAAAUACCUGAAGAAUCAUUAAAAGCUUACUUAAAACCAUCGUCAUCAAAACUCAGUUAUAGCAGUUCGGCAUUGUCGAAUAACGUUAAUUUUUCAAAUGAAAAUAUCUUUCUUGAAGCAGAAGAAGAAACAGAAGAAGAAGAGGAUGAACAACAAGGAAAUAUCCAAGCAUAUAAAAUAUUACAUACAACUAAUCGAAAUACUGUUCAUAAUAAAUAUCAUCAUAGGACUCUGACAACAUCUGAGCUUAACAAUAAUCUUAUAAUUCAAAAUCUCCCAGAUGAAUUUAAAAAGUCAUUUAUAUCAAAAAAUGUUGUACAUUGCACAACAGAUUCACUUAUUCGUUUAAAUGAACGGAUUAAAGGAUCUCUGUUUGAAGUAUAUCAUAUUGCUGAUCAAAUUAUUAGCGACUUAAUUACUGGACUACAUCCAGACAUGGCACUAUUUUAUCGUUUGUCAGAAGUGGUCGCAGGUCUGGAUCUAUUAGCCUCAUUUGCCAAAAUGUCAUUAACUUAUUCUCUCAGAAAUCAUUUCGUUUGCCCAAUAUUUAGUAAUAUACUUGGAAUUAAAAAUGGACGGAAUAUUGUUACUGAUGAAGAAGAGAAAUCAUUAUCUGUGGCAAAUCAUACGUAUGCAUCGCCUGCCUUAAACUUUCAUGUUAUAACCGGACCUCCCAUGAUAAGAGAACUAACUUAUAUUUUACAGAAUUUCUCCAGAUCAUCUAUUAUUCUUAUCGAUGGUUUAUGUCACAAUACUGAUCCUGAUGAAGUGGAAUAUCUCAAUUGGGCAAUCUGUGAAGCUUUACUGGAACAUAAAGCUUUUACGUUUUUGGCAACUAAUCGUUAUGAAUUGACCUCUUUAGCUUCAUUCUAUCCAAAUGUAGAAAAUUAUUAUUUCUCAGUAGAAGAAGAAUUUUUUAAUAUCUAUCAUCAUGGGCAUCAUAAUAUAUGUACAUUAAAUAGAAAUAUUUAUGAAACACCAUAUGCUAAUAACAGCAAUUCCAUUGAAGAAUCUCCGUUAGUUCAUAGUUUCUCAGAUGAAAAUUAUUCAAAUACAUUUAAAAUGAAUCAUUAUCUAAAAAGUUUUGAAUCCACUGAUUCAGCCAAACAAGAUCUAGAUCAAAUCACCUUUACUUAUAAACUAAACAAAGGAAUAUCACCUAAAAUAAUGUAUGGUAUUAAAUUGGCCAGGCUUACUGCACUUCCUCAAGAGAUACUGGAUCGAGCUGAAGAACUUCUGAAUUCAUACAUUGAAGAAGAAAAUAUCGACAAUGAUGAUGGAAAAACCAACAACAGAACUAGAACAAUGAGUGAUAUUGGAGAUUUAAAACAACGUGAUAAAAAUAUCAGCUUCAAUUUCCAAAAUUUGCAAAGACAAGUAUUGAAGACCCAAAAUAACCACACUGAUUUAGAUGUAUCCAUUCAAACUGAAUCCUCGCAUUGUACUACUAUGACGGAUUUGAAACAUGAUAUAUCAAACUUAAAAUGGAAAAAUACCAAGAAAAAUGGUUAUUUAACAGUAAACGAUCGCUUGGAACAUGAAUUGUUCAGACAAUUACAAAUCAUAUCAAAAGCUUACCAAACACUAAACACAGAUCAACAUUUAUCCAAUACAGAAAAAGAAGACAUUCAACAUGAAAUUUCAAAUUAUCUCAAAUUUCUAGAGUGUCGAUAUCAAAGACUACUACAGUGAACAUAAAUACGACUCAGAUUUCUUCUUAAGCUUACUAUUUGUUAAAACACUUAUUAGAAUUUUCAAAAAAGUAGCUCUGUUGUUCAAUUUUUUCACGAAGAUAACUUUGCUUUAGCGAAAUUACAAAAUCCAUUGUUUUGUGCGUAACUACGUAUGUACGACUUUUAAUAUACUUACUUACUUUCGCCUGUUACUCCCAAUGGAGCAU